AUGAAGACGGAAUUCAAGUUUUCAAACCUCUUGGGUACUGUGUAUCGUCAAGGCAAUCUCGUCUUCACCCCGGACGGCAACUCUCUCCUCUCGCCAGUCGGCAAUCGUGUGACAGUCUUUAAUCUGACAAAAAACACAAGUUACACCUUCCCCUUUGCCCACCGAAAGAACAUCACCCACCUCGACCUUUCGCCAGAUGGGAGUCUCCUCCUCACUAUUGAUGAGGAUGGCCGGGCAAUACUCUCUAUUUUCCCCCGAAGAGUGGCUAUCUAUCAUUUCUCCUUCAAGUCGCCGGUAACGUCAUUGGCAUUCGCCCCAGACGGUCGUCAUUUUGUUGUGGGACUCGGCAGGAAGAUUCAGGCAUGGCGGACACCCUCUACGCCAGGCGGGAAUGCAGAUGGAGACCUCGAGUUCGCUCCAUUCAUUUUGCAUCGCGAAUAUGGAGGUCACUUUGACGACGUCAGGCACUUGCACUGGUCAGGCGACUCAAGGUUCUUCCUCAGCGCAUCCAAGGACCUUACCGCCCGGAUAUGGAGUCUGGACCCAGAGGAAGGGUUCGAGCCGACUGUCCUCUCAGGUCAUAGGCAGCAAGUCAAGGGUGUUUGGUUCUCCGCCGACCAGGAAUCUAUCUUCACAGUAAGCGAAGACGGCGCUCUCUUCCGCUGGGAGUAUUCAGUCAGCCAACAAGCCGAAAACGACGAGUCGAUAGAACCCCUUGAUGAGAGGUGGCGCAUUGUACAGAGGGACUAUUUCAUGCAGAACGCAAAGUUGAAAUGCGCUUCGUACCAUCCCUCGACCAAUCUACUCACCGUCUGCUUCGACAACGGCCUGUUUUCCUUGUAUGAGACCCCCUCUUUCUCCAACAUCCACAGCCUGUCAAUGGCCUCCUCGCCCAUUUCAGCGGUGACCAUCAACAGCACGGGUGAGUGGCUAGCGUUUGGCUCGUCCAAAACCGGUCAACUACUUGUGUGGGAGUAUGCUUCGGAGUCAAACAUCCUCAAGCAGUCUUCCCAUCUUGACACCAUGACGACUUUGACGUAUUCUCCGGACUCUAGCCGCAUCAUUACUGGUGCCGAUGACGGGCUGAUCAAGGUCUGGGACGUCUCGUCUGGCUUUCACAUUGCCACUUUUUCGGAACAUAACUCUGCUGUCACCGCCUCUGCAUACUCUAAAAGAGGCAACAUUCUCUUUACUUCGUCUCUGGAUGGAUCAGUCCGAGCCUGGGAUAUGUUGAGGUAUCGAAAUUUUAGGACUUUUACCGCUCCGCAAAGGCUCUCAUUCUCCUGUUUAGCCAUCGACCCUUCUGCGGAGGUCGUCUGCGCCGCUUCCCACGAUUCUUUCGACAUUUAUCUAUGGUCAGUCCAGACCGGAGCUCUUCUCGACCAGCUGGCAGGCCACGAGGGACCGAUAUCUACACUAGCCUUUACUCCUGACGGCCGACACCUCGUCUCUGGAUCCUGGGAUCACACCAUUCGAGUAUGGUCUGUCUUUGACCGAUCACAAGCGUCGGAGACGUUACAGCUCAUGUCCGACCUGCUUUGUAUUGCAGUUCGGCCUGACUCUGCACAAAUUGCAGCCUCUACCCUUGAUGGGCAGCUUACCUUUUGGAAUCUGAACACUUCGAUACAAGAAUCUGGCUUUGACGGUCGUCGAGAUGUCAGUGGAGGUCGGACGUUGACUUCCCGACGUACAGCAGCUUCAACCCCCGGAACCAAAUCCUUCAAUUCGAUCGUAUAUUCUGCGGACGGUAGCUGCCUGCUUGCAGCUGGCAAUAGCAAAUACAUCUGCUUAUACUCGGUUAGCACGCUGACGUUAAUCAAGAAGUUUACCAUUUCCAUCAACCUGAGUCUGGAUGGAACUCAGGAGUUCUUGAACUCGGCGGCUAUUAUGUCCAACGGCCUGCCCAAAGACAUGCUGGACACAGAAGGCGAGGCCAGCGACCUCGAAGACCGCAUCGACCGUAGCCUCCCGGGCGUGAAACGUGGUAAAGACGCCACAGCGAGAACCAUUCGUCCAGAAAUCAGGGUCGCUGACGUCGAGUUUGCACCAACUGGGAGAAGUUUCUGUGCAGCCAGUACUGAAGGUCUUUUGAUUUACAGCCUUGACAACGCGGGAAUGGAAGAUUUCGAUCCAUUUGAUCUCGACAUCGAUGUUACUCCGCAGAAUGUUCGAGCUAUCCUGGCACAAGAUGAGCCCGAGUAUCUCAAGGCCCUCAUCAUGGCAUUCAGACUGAAUGACAAGCCUUUGCUCCGACAGGCCUAUGAGUCAGUACCAUACGGGUCUAUUCCGCUGCUUGUCCGUGAACUGCCGAGAGUGUAUCUCGGGAAAUUGUUGAUGCUCGUUGCCCAGCAGAUGGAAAACAACCCUCAUUUGGAGUUUGCACUUCGUUGGUUGGGUGAGAUAUUGAGUGUUCAUGGUCGAUACAUCAAGGAGAGGCAUGGCGAAUUUGCUGCUGAACUCCGCUCGAUCCUCCGCGGAGUCGACGGCGUGGGAAAAACAGUGCGCAGUCUCAGUGAGCGAAACGUUUUUGAGAUUGAAUUCUUGUGCCAACAGCCAAAAGGCAGCAAUAAGCUGCCGUCGGAGAGUUUGGAUCGAUAUGGUCAUCACUCGAAUGGAAAGAUGGUCAAUUCCGGAGAUAAUGAGGCCGAGUGGAUUGGCCUGGAUUGA